AGCAAUGGCCGAAUUUUAAAACGCACCACUGGAAUUGAGGAGCGACUUGGUCUGUAUAUAUUCUGACAUGGUCUAAGCCCUAAAUGUCAAAUAUGCUGAGAAUGACGAUAUUUGUUUUGCCAAAAGUCUGAAAAAGACUGGAAGAACUGCGGACUUUUAAAGUGUCCAUAGCUGUGUCAUAACCUGGUAGAUAUUUUCAGCUCGAAGAAAUGGCUCUAUCCCAGAUCCAGUGCCUGGAUGAUAGCAACGUAAACCCGCGGAUCCACGAGUCCAAACCGGAGUUCUUCUACUGUGAGGAGCAGCGUCUCGCGCUUGAAGCGCUCCUCCGGGAUGGUCGCGAGGCGUUCGCGAAGUACCUGGAGGCUCGCGGCCUGCGGGGUUUCCUCUCCGACCUGGAGCAGGAGACACUGACCGCCGCUCUUGAGCCCUUUGACCCGGACACGGAGCUUUUCUCAGGGGAGGGAGAGGACGAGCAGGAGCCGCUGUCGUUGCAGUACUGGCCGGAUGUUUCGGACACCUCUAUCCCGCAAAUGGACCUGGGCUGGCCUGACAGCGAGUCGUACAGAGGGGUGACACGCACGACAGUGUACACGCAGCCCCCGAUGGAGGGUCAGGCCCACAUCAAAGAAGUGGUCAGAAAAAUGAUUGCACAGGCGCAGAAGGUGAUAGCCGUGGUGAUGGAUGUCUUCACCGACGUCGACAUCUUCAGAGAUCUGUUAGAUGCCGGGUUUAAAAGGAAGGUGUCUGUUUACAUCCUGCUGGAACGCACAAUGCUACCUCAUUUCCUCUCGAUGUGUCAGAGGGCCAACAUGCAUGCCGGGCACCUGAAG